AUGGUCACCUAUUCAGACAACAUUUUGCCCCGUUGCAAGGGAAUCGCCAAGGCUGCCACUGAGCAGAACCAAACAUUCACGAAGGACUUCUUGAACACCGAAGUCAAGUAUUACGACAAGAUGGACGAACCAAAGAAAGUAACCCACCCACAACGCCUCGAUGACCUGUACGGCACUCUCUUCAGUUCAUUCACUAGCCCGCUGCCCGCCGGCACUCCUGACAAGGAGAAGAAGAAAAUGGUCCAGACAGUUCUCGAUCAAUACCAUGCCAAACAAGCUUCGGCCCGAGCAUAUCUGGUACUUGCUUCUCAGAACGGGGGAAUGCAGAAGCCCUAUGACAAAAGCGCUGUUGGGUGGUUUGACAGGACUCAAAAGACCCUGGAGGACUUGAUCUUGGGACUUCAAAAGACGUUGAACGAGUGGAAAGUAUGA